AUGAUUCUCGAUGAAGUUAAUAAGUCGCGUCAGAUGAUGCUAAAAAAUAGCUCAUCAAUGGUGAAUCGUAACAUUCGUGAGCCGCUUGCAGCACAAUGUACCGAUCAACGUAGUCUCAACUUGUACACUGCGGUCGAAACUCAGAAUUACCCGACGAAUUUCGUUCCGAUCAACUCGAAUUUUGGGAAUCCACUUAUUGCUGUUUUUCCUCGUAUAGUUGCUCCUGACGACACUGAACGAUCGGUGCCUAAAUGA